ACUUUGAUAACCGACUAUCUAUCAGAUAGAACAAUAAUUACCUAUUGUCAAUGUAACAAAAUGACUUUGGAACUGAACCAAGACGUUAAAGUUUAUAUGAUUUUCAUACUUUGUGACAUUUACAGUUAAAUAUUUCGGACAUUAAGUAUUAUAAUAUUUUUCGGAAUAGAAACUAAUAAAAAUGGUUUGUUGUGUGUUUUGUACGGGUGAAGGAUUUUUUUCCAAAUGUGUCAGUAUCGUGGUCAGUUUAACAUUCUCAUUCCAUGUUUUUGGGUUCCUGAGCCCUUAUUGGUUUUGUGAUGGGGACGAUUGUAAGCUGAUGGGGUUGUACUUUCAUUGUUAUGACGGAUCUUGUGAUGGCGAAGUGAUGGACGACCCUAUUCUUACACUGGUUGUGAUAAUACUUAUUUCUAGCCUAACGUUGGCCUUGACAUUGUGUUUUGUUCUAAAUUGUACGAAAUGCGAAUGGAGGAAAAUGUCACCAAAAAUGUCGUUGUUUAUUGGAGGCUGGUUCCUAAUACAAGAAAUACUUACAACAUCUGUGCUGAUAGCUAUUGCCGCCAAGUUUGACCGGAUAGGUUGGUCAGCUUACGUGUUUACAGUGCCCGGGAUAAUCUUCCUGGGCUUUAUGAUGGUUGUAUUGAUAUACAUGUGGUGUUUUCCAACGAAAACUGUCAACCCAACUGAUUUUCCUUAACUACUAUUGUAGUAUUUUGUAUAAAUUUCGUUUAUUGUGGACUUGUAUGAAUUUUGCAUAGCACUUUUAGUUGUUUUUGUGAAACAUAAUUACAUUGUAUUGUUAAAAGUUGAAUGUUUAUGUAAAUUACUGCCUCAAUAUUCGGCCGGGAAGGACUCUCCAUACAGAGAGAAAACAACAACAGAAACAACAAUAUACAUUCAUGUAUUUCAGGAGCAUUUUAUUAGGAUAAAGUACAGCACAGCGAAACUCUUUACAGUGCAUUUUCCUUCUUCUGUAAAUAUAUAAAUCGUUACUAAAUAUAUGUUAAUGUAAAUGUAUUUAAAUGUACUUAUUAAAAAAAGUUGACUGCAGUAUUUCAGUGCUACUAUUUUCUUCAGUUUUUGAUAGAAAGUCACCAUCAGUACGCUAGUCAGGUUGUUUUUUUCACGAAUGAUCUUGAAAAAUAAACAUAUUCAUGUAAAUAUU